GCGCAACACGAGGACCACGAGGCUAGCUAUACCCUGAUCGUGCAUCCGAGCCUAAGGCACUGUGCGCUCAGGUCUCUUAUAUUAAUCACCGCGAAAGGAGCUUGUGACCUCGUAUUGGCACAUUCGAUCAAAUUCGUGAUCUUUCUCCUGCAUAUGCAUGCUUAGACUGACUGCGUUGGGGCACCUUUGCUUUGAUGGUCCGAUGCGUCUCAUAUUUAGCUUGGAAAAGUUGGGCAAGUCGCUUCACGUAAGUCUCGCAUAUGGGACCUUUUGCCCGUCUUAUGAAUCAUAUAUAGGUCUUUUUCGUGAGCCCGCCUACUCCAGCGUUAUCCAGCACAUAUAUCACUUUGCUAAAACUAUUCAUAUGUCAUCAGCAAUUAGAGGUGCUAUUCCGGAGAACCCCUCUUCCAAGAUUCAAGUCGCUCUCGAUUGGUUGACGGCAGUUGCGUUAGGCGAUAUACACAAGCUUGCUUCACUCUUUACAGAUGAUUUUGUUCAUUCUGUGUAUCCACCGACGCUCAACUUGCCAUCUCGCAAUAAACAGCAAUGGCUUGAGUACAACAAGGUUGCUUUGACGUUCUUCAAAGAUUACACGACGGAGGUCAAGGAGAUAGUCGAAGGUCGUAGAACGGUUGUACUCCAUACGACAUCUAGCGCAGUAUCUUCGACUGGUGCCCUCUACAACAACGAAUAUGUCAUCUUUGUCCAUCUCACGGAGGAUGCCAAUGGUGUUUAUAGGAUCAUGUCCAUCAAGGAAUUCAUCGACACACUUUACUCCGCUGAGUUCUCUGCCGAGGAGAAAAAGAGAUAUGAAUCUAUGGGGAAGAAGUUCAAUCUUCGCGAGAUUGCAGUAAACAAUGGGGGAUAUCUCUAAGCGUCCCUGUUUAUGGCUCUGGAGAGAUGAGCGUAUUCUGGCGAACCCGAAUCGUCUGUACAUAACAUGGCCCUAUAUUACUAUAGAGCAAUCAAAUCCCAAUUGGAUCUCAUGUACAGUAUGUCCCCUUCUUGCAACUGCGUGAUGCAUGGGUCAGAUAAGCAAACUUGUCCUGAGAUGUACAGGUGUACAGUAAUAUACCGUCCAUUACGGC